CAAACAGCGCCUAACUGGAGCGCUGUGCGUCCUUUUCAAUUCCAAAUUAUAACGUGGAAAUAAAGACUAAAGAUGCCUAUGAAAGGAAGAUUCCCCAUUAGACGAACGCUGGAGUAUCUCCAGAAAGGAGAAGUUGUAUUGAAAAACAGAGUAAAGAUUUUGACAGUAAAUUACAACACACAUGGACAGCUCAGCGACGGAGCAAGAAAAUUUGUGUUCUUCAAUGUUCCACAAAUUCAGUACAAAAAUCCUUGGGUUCAAAUUAUGAUGUUUAAGAACAUGACACCAUCGCCAUUCCUAAAGUUCUACCUAGAUGAUGGAGAGCAGGUGUUGGUGGAUGUGGAGGGGAAGGACCAUAAACAAAUCACCCAACAUGUCAAGACUAUUCUUGGCAAGACAGAUGAGGUCCUGCAGGCUGAGGCUUUAGCCAGGAUGGAGGCUGCUAACCCAGCCAACUUUGGGCCCAAGAAGUACUGUCUGAAGGAGUGUAUCUGUGAGGUGGAGGGCCAGGUUCCCUGCCCGGGAACCACGCCGCUGCCCAAGGAGAUGACUGGGAAAUACCGUGCACAGAUGGCAGCCGCACAAGACUGAGACUGGACAGCAAUACUACUAUAUCAAAUAUGUUUCACUGGAAAUACUGUGGAUUUGUUUUUGUACAUUAAAGGAAAUAUUUCGAUUUUAUGUCAGUGGUUGUAAAUAAGGAUAAUUGAGACUGAUGAAUUAGAAUCUGCUUCAGAUUAAUUAAAUCAAGUGUGUAUGUGUGGAGUUGAUGCAUAAUAUUUGCAACACACUCACAUCCUGUAAUGUCGAUAAAUGAAAAUGCCACCCUUCCAA